AAAAAAGCAUUCUUUAUUGAAGAGGUAGAGAGAGAGAGAGAGAGGGGUUUGUUUUUUGGUGGUGGUGGUGGGGCGGUGGUGCUGAUUCUAAAGGGAUAGAUGAGACUGCGAACAUUCUGAAAUCUGAACCCAACUGUGUGUAUUUGUGUGUUUGUGUGUGUGUGUGUGUGUUUUGUGUGUGUGUAAAGACAUGGUGUAGCUAUGGUGGCUGGCAAAAGAUUAGGGACAAGUCAUCUUUUUUCUGGUGCUCUCUUCAACUUACAUUGGUGAAUGAAACUUCAUUUUGUUGACAAGUGUGGAUUUCUUGAUUUCUAGAGAGAGAAACUCAGUUUUUUCUUUUUGAGAAGUAUAUAAAAAAUCUCAUCUUUGGGUCUUUUUUCUUUACAAAAAAGAUCAACUUUUCUCCGUUUAUACAUAUAUUCUUCGUUUCGUUUGGCCUCCAAUUUGCUAUUCCGACUUUCGAUUUGAGGUGCAAGUGAUUGAAUUGGAACGAACUUUCGCCUGUAAAAAUGAAGUUUAUGAAACUUGGAUCGAAGCCUGAUCAGUUUCAGACAGAUGGCGACUCGAUCAGGUAUGUAGCAACCGAAUUAGCAACCGACAUGGUCGUUAGUGUAGGUGAUGUCAAGUUUUAUGUCCACAAGUUUCCUCUUCUCUCAAAGAGCUCCCACCUCCAAAAGCUCGUCGCCACAUCAAGCGAUGACAUCAGCGAGGAAAUUGACAUCCACGAUAUACCGGGCGGGCCCGCAGCAUUCGAGAUAUGUGCCAAGUUCUGCUACGGAAUGGUCGUAACCCUAAACGCCUACAACGUGGUGGCCGCUCGAUGUGCGGCGGAGUAUCUCGAAAUGUACGAAACCCUCGAAAAGGGCAAUCUUGUCUACAAAAUAGACGUAUUCAUUACGUCGAGCAUAUUCCGUAGCACCUGGAAAGAUUCCAUCAUCGUACUCCAGACGACAAAAUCCCUCCUCCCAUGGUCCGAGGAAUUGAAGAUUGUGAGCCACUGUCUCGAUUCGAUCGCCACGCGGGCGUCCGUUGAACCCUUGAGGGUCGAUUGGUCGUACAGUUACAAUAACCGUAAAACAGAAAACGGGUCGGACCCACAUUGGAAAACGGGCGGGGUUAAAAAAGUGCCUAGGGAUUGGUGGGUCGAGGACUUGUGCGAACUCCAAAUCGAUUUGUACAAACGGGUUAUUACAACGAUACGAAGUAAAGAAAGGGUGUCCGAAGGUGUUAUCGGAGAAUCUUUAAAGGCGUACGCUUUAAAACGACUUCCGAUUUUCGGCAAUAUCCAAGGGGGCGAUAUCCUGAAAUACAAGUACUUGUUAGAUACCAUAAUUUGGUUGUUGCCGAAGGAGAAAAAUUGCGUUUCUUGCAGCUUCUUGCUCAAGUUACUACAAGCUUCGGUGGUUUUGGAAUCGGGAGAAACGGGGAGGAGGGAGCUUAUGAGGAAAAUUGCGGAGCAGCUCGAUGAGGCGACAGCUGGCGAUCUCUUGAUCCGUUGCCCUAACGGCGAAUCGACGGUGUGUGAUGUGGAUUUAGUGCGUGAUUUGAUCGAGCGGUUUGUGAUGAUGGAGCAUAGUGAUGACGAUGAUUUUGCUUCGGAAGCUUCCAAGGCUAAGGUGGCUAGAUUAGUUGACGGCUAUUUGGCGGAAGCUGCGAGAGAUUCGUCUUUGCCUUUGUCGAAAUUUGUGGAUUUAGCGGAAAUGGUGUCGGGUUUUCCGAGAUCGAGUCAUGAUGGGAUUUACCGAGCGAUUGACAUGUACCUCAAGGAGCACGCGGGAUUGAGCAAGAGUGACAAGAAGAGAAUAUGCCGGCUAAUGGAUUGCCGUAAGCUAUCCCCCGAAGCAUGUUCGCACGCGGUGCAAAACGAGAGGCUGCCCUUACGAGUAGUGGUGCAGGUUCUUUUCUUCGAGCAAUCUCGUGGGGCCCACGAUUUGCCGGGCCCCGUUAGGGCACUCCUCCCGAGGGGAUCUUACGGGAGCUCUAGGUCAACCACCACUAACUCCGACGAUGAUUGGGAAGGGAAUCAAACGUCCGAAGAAUUGAAGGAUUUGAAAGGGGAGCUCGCUUCUCUUAGGUUGAGAAACAACAAUGUAGGAGGUGGUGGUAAUAAUAAUAAUAAUAUUAAUAAUAAUGGUGACGAUAUUAUUAAGUCGAAGAAGGUGAAGAAGGUGUUUUCGAGGCUGUGGUCAAAUAAAGAAAGGCAGGGUGAGAAUAGCAGCUCCGAUACUACUUCGGAGAGCUUUGCUUCCACGAGCGCCGAAGAGAAAAAUGAGGUGGCGGUGAAAGUGAAAGUGCUUAAACCAGUACAACGGAAGUGACACUUGGCAGAAAAUGAUUGGGCGGAUGAAAGAGUAAAUUUUUAGUGCCGGGCUUUUGGAACUUUCAAGAUAGGGAAUUUGGGUGCUGAGGAAAACCGGUAAUGUAAUAGUUUCAUUUUGGAAUUUUUUGGUUAUUUAUUUUCAAGCAGAGAAGAAAAUUGUAGGUUUAGUUGUGUAUUAGUGGCCACGAAUUUGUAGUAACGAGACCUUGUUUUUUCCUCAUUUGUUCAAUCGGGUUUUACCUUGACGCUAAA